AUGUCGCCCAAGUCCUAUUCUGGUGGCUCGUCCGUUUACUCGGAUGACCGCUUCAGCUCCACCUCUUCCUCUUACAGCAUCACUUAUACCAAGCUUCCCAAGAAGCAACCCAUGUCUAUCCGGUUCCUCUCCUGGGCCGCUGGCGCACCGUCCGGGGCUACCGCUGUCAAGAGAAAGACGCGGGAGCGGGACAUCCGUGACGACAGGUCUACCCGCUCCGGAGGCUCUUCCUAUUCCUACUGGAGCCAGCCCGACACCCAGCUCUACUGGGUUGCCAGCCCCCACAGCGGCAAUUACUACGGAAGUAGCGGCAGCAGCACCAGCGGCCGUAGCAGCCGGAGCGGACGAAGCCGCAAGAGCGGUAGUUCCGGCUCCCGCAAGCACUUUGAGGGUGCCGUUCCCCGGCCGCAGCCCCCACCCCCGGUCCCGGCCAACGGUCACUUUGUCCCGCCCCAGCCCCCGAUGAACCCACCACCACCACACAUGGGCGGAGGUUUUGGACCCGGCCCUGGCGGCUUCGUCCCUCCACCACCCCCCAUGAACAUGCCUCACCCUCCUCCUCCACAUGGCAUGGCCCCCCCUGCGAUGCCAGGUGGUGCGCCCUUCAUCGACCUGACGGGCCAGAACCACCAAGGAGGCUACUCGCCGGAUUCGGAGAGUUACUACACGUCGGAUGAAGAAGAAUGA